UGCUCAGGACUCUGACACACUGUCGCUUUGCUCUAGAAGACAGAGAGAGAAGUGCACACACACACACCUCACACACACAGAGACAGAGAAGCACACACACCUCACACACACAGAGCGACUCACACACAACAACAAAAAACACAUUUCCAACACUCACUCAGCCUGCUGCUUUUCCAAUAAGGAGUUGUCACCGUCCACAGAAAGUGAGGCCAGUGAGGAUGCUGUCAUGAGGAGAGGAGGGUGUCCGGUGAAUGGAGGCAGUUCCUGUCCCACUGCACUCCAAGAAGUCUGUCUCCCUGCUGGUCUCUCUAUCUGGAGGGAAUAAGAGCCAAGCACAGCUGGACUGCAUGGGACCACAACUAGCCUGGAUGGCUCUGGUUGCAACUGGACCUGGCCUGAGUGAAGACCUUGUCUAAGUUGGUCUAAUUUGGAGCCAAGUUUAGGUGUAGCCCCCAUGCUGGAGCUGGUCUGAGAGGGUCUUUCUGGACCUGGUUUGGAUGCUCAGGAUGAGACCACCUCUCUUGCUGACUGCUGCCUUACUGGCCCUAUGGACCGUUGCCCUGGUGACUGGAGACUACACAGAUACACACCAAGACAGAGCUGAUGACAGCAACACAGGGGGACACAGAGACACCCAAUCAGACUCCGGUAUAGACGUGCCUCCAAAAGAAUUCCUUCCGGAAACACAGACAGACACAUAUGAUCAACAUCCGGACACAAACCCAGACUCACACCCAAACUCCCAUCCGGACGUACACGAACACCCAGACAGCCAUCGUAUCAGCAGCGGUCUGAUGCAGUGUGGGGAGUACAGCAACGAGGUGUUGCCUAACGGUCAGUGUCGAGUCACAGCCACGCUGCCUCAGCUCCAACACCAGCGCUGCCCAGACAUGUUCCGCUGCACUGACGAAGUGUCCUACUGGCUGCAGGAGAACCAGGAGAGGAAACAGCAGCUGCAGGACCUCCAGGAGACCAUCUCCCAGCUACAGGAGGAACUCCGUAGUCACAGGCACCGAAUCAAGGUCCUGGAGCUACAGGGUGAGGAGAGGAACAACGUGAACGAGUCUUUAGAGGAGCGUUUCAGAGUGUUGGAGCUACAGUACGCUGAGGCUGACAGCCUGUUGCACACCCAUAGUUCCAUCCUGUUUGAUCUGCAGACUCAGGUCCGGAACCUAACCAUGACGGUGGAACGAGUUAAACGCAACCCCGGCUGCAUGAUCAACAUCGUCAGGACCAGUCCUCUGCUCAGCGCCCAGGAGGCCCUUCACCCAGAGGUGCAGCAUGUGAGAAACUGUCCAAUAGACUGUGCAUCACUGUACUAUAACGGGGUGUAUCGGUCAGGUGUCUACACGGUGGUUCCCUCUCUGAGCUCCCAUCCUGUAGAAGUCUACUGUGACAUGGACACAGAGGGUGGUGGUUGGACGGUGUUCCAGCGUCGUCAGGAUGGGAAGGUGAACUUCAAUAGAGGCUGGCAAGACUAUAAGGAGGGAUUUGGAGAGCUCAGGUCUGAGUACUGGCUCGGGAACGAACACAUUCACCACCUGUCCACCCAGGGAGACUACAGCCUCAGGAUAGACCUGGAGGACUGGACACAUCACCACAAACAUGCCUUCUACCAGAGUUUCAGUAUUGAAGAUGAGGAGAAUCACUACCGGCUGCAUGUGUCAGGCUACAGUGGGACAGUAGAGGACUCGUUCAGCUGGUACCAUGAUAAACAGGACUUCAGUACUCCAGACACGGGGGAUAUCUGUGCUGAGAUCUCACACGCUGGCUGGUGGUACCACCAGUGUUUCUAUGCCAACCUCAAUGGAGUCUACUACAAGGGUGGACGGUACUCCUCUAAAGCCAAGACUCUGCUGGGUCCUGAUGGUGUAGUAUGGUACAGCUGGAAAGAUUCAGACUACUACUCUCUCAGGAAGACCUCUAUGAUGAUACGACCUAGAACCUUCAGACCGCGCCUGUCACCGUGACGACAGCCCGUCGGGACCGUGGGAGACCUGCUGAGGUCGCUUCUGACGACAUCUUGGGAUGGGACGUAGGACUGGAGAAGACACGAGGAGAACGCUGCAAUGGGAUUGUGUCCAACUGUUCAUGGAGUCUAAGAGAGAGUGUAUGUGCUUUCUUUCUACUUUUGAAAUACUGUUCCCAGGAGCCCUCAGACAAACUGUCCUGUUCUUCCACUGGAGGGACUUACACAAACUGUCCUCCUCUCCCACUGGAGGGACUUACACAAACUGUAAUUCUCUCCCACGGGAGGGACUUACACAAACUGUCCUCCUCUCCCACUGGAGGGACUUACACAAACUGUCCUCCUCUCCCACUGGAGGGACUUACACAAACUGUAAUUCUCUCCCACGGGAGGGACUUACACAAACUGUCCUCCUCUCCCACUGGAGGGACUUACACAAACUGUCAUCCUCUCUCACUGGAGGGACUUACACAAACUGUAAUUCUCUCCCACUGGAGGGAUUUACACAAACUGUCCUCCUCUCCCACUGGAGGGACUUACACAAACUGUCCUCUCUCACUGGAGGGACUUGCACAAACUGUCCUCCUCUCCCACUGGAGGGACUUACACAAACUGUCCUCCUCUCCCACUGGAGGGACUUACACAAACUGUCCUCCUCUCCCACUGGAGGGACUUACACAAACUGUC